AGUUUCAGCCGCGCUGUCCAUAGGAAGCGUGGUCUAAAGGGGUGAGAUGAUGUGAAGCUCAUAUCGUACCAUGAACUAAGAAAACCCUCAAUUAUACCGUCGACGAAAUAAAACAUUGUGUGUGAGAGAUUCGUGGUGGAGCUUUCAACCACACGACCGCCUGCCUCUCAUCAGAACCCACCCAAAAUCCGUCUUACAAGCAAGGGAGUGAGUGAGCGAGUGAGUGAUUACAGGGAGAAACCAGAGACUGUUGUAAACAGGAAGCACACAACAAACAGACAUUGAGAAACCGAGCGACAGGAAGAUCAUUUUGUCUGAGAAAGAACAGAAGACACGGAAAGCGAAAGAAGCAUAAUCACAAUGGACCCAAAUAUCUCGGCAUCCGCUCUGGGUGAGCCACAGCACCUCGGCAUCGGUUUCUACCUCCUCCCCUUUGCCACGUUCCUCUGCUUCCUCGUCCCGGUCCUCUACAUCUUUCCCCCGAUCCCGGCUACCACCAGCGACGCCCUGCGGUCAACGCACACCAAGAUUGGUGUCCCGCCGCCAAAGAGCAACCUCCGGGACCAGCACUCCGUCAAGGCCGAUAAGUCCAACAACAGCAGCAACAGCAACACCGCCUCCAAUGCCGGCCCCGUCGCCCAGCUCAAGGCGCUCUGCGUCUACCCCAUCAAAUCAUGCCGCGGCAUCGAGGUGACGCGGAGCAAGCUCCUGCCCACCGGCCUGGAAUUCGACAGGCUGUACACCUUUGCACAGCUCAAAUCCCGGUUUCCGGCCGCCGUGGACGAUUCCGCCGAGGCAAAGGACCAACACACCUGGGAAUUCGUCACGCAGCGCCAAUUCCCCUUGCUCGCAACAGUCAAAGUCGACGUCUACGUUCCGGACGCGACGAAAUCCACAGUCUUUAUGGAGAAGUCGUCGGACGCAUGGAUCGUGAUGCGGUUUCCCUGGAGGGAACCGGGGUUCCGGGGCACCAUGUCGUGGGUGGCGUCCAAGAUCCGGGACGGGUGGCGGGGCGUCCCGGAGAUGGAGGUGUUGUUGCCCGUCGAGUUCCCGACCGAGGCGGAGAUUGCGGAGCGCGGGUAUACGCGCGAGGACGUGAAAGUGUGGAAGGAGGUUGUGCCGGCGCUGAAUAUGGAAAAGGAGUUGCCGGGGGAGCUGUGUCGGUAUCUGGGGGUGAGUAACAAGUUGACGCUGUUCCGGGUUGAUCCGGGGCAGUUGAGGGAGGUGUAUCGGUGUGCGCCGCGGAAGGAGGAGGCUGGGUAUCAACCCAUUGUUGGAUUUCAGGAUGCUUAUCCCCUGCACAUCAUGAACAUCAGCAGUCUCCAGGACUUUGACGCCAAGGUCCCCAAGGACGAUGAGCUCAAGCAUCUCGACGUCAGGCGGUUCCGGUCCAACAUCAUUGUCUCUGGUGCGCCAGCCUACGACGAAGAAUCAUGGAAAUGGGUAAACUUCACCCAGGGCACCUCAAAGGUCACCGUCCCGGCAAAGUUCCAAGUCUCGUGCCGUACAGUCCGCUGCAAAAUGCCAAACGUCGACCCAGUCACCGGCGCCCGCCACACCGUCGAACCAGACAGGUCCCUCCGCAAACUCCGCGACGUCGACGAGGGCGCCCCGCGCAUGGGGUGCCUCGGCAUGCAAAUGUGCCCGCUCUUCGAGGGCACUGACCGCGUCGAGUACAUGCAGGCCUGGCUCGAGGUCGGCAUGGACGUCUCUGUGCUAGAGCGCGGCGAGCACGUGUACAUUAAGCAGUGAGAAAAAAGCAUGCCCAGCUCUCUCUUUCUCGCCCUAUCUCGAUCUUACGUCGGAGGAAGGGAUGUCCGGGCAGCAGCGGCUGACGAAAGGAUGUGGAUGCUGCCGAGGAGAGAGAGUGUGUUGAGGUUUUGUCUUUGCUUGGUUAUGGUGUGGAGGCAUAAUAGAUAUAGACUUGGGCCACAAUCACAUGCAGAAAGGAGAAUGUUGCAGGUUAGAAACCGGAA